AGAUAUCUUGUACACUUGUAUUAUAUUUAUCGCUUGUAACUCUGCAAGUGCUAAUAGUUGACAUGUUGCUUAUAUGUUGCGAGCGUUAAUGACAAUAAACAUCAGUUACCACCAAAGGACUAACAAUUGACAUAUUGCUAAGAAGUUGCAAGUGUAAAUAGCUAUCGGCCAAACAACAACUUUGCUUCAACUUUGCUUCGGCAAGUCCUUCAAGUGUGGUAGGUGGUGCUCUUGUCAUUGGAGGCCUCUAUCUUCUCCUCUCGGGGGAGAACAAGGACUGCUAUUCUACCAGCGGAAGGAGUGGAAGAAGACAGGGAGAAUCGACCAAAUCUGUGAAGCAUAGGAAGGACAUUCAUAGUAGUAGGUCUGCCGGAAGUCAAGAAUCACCCUAAAUUAUUCCAACUACGCCCUAUAUAUGUUGCUACAACUUUGAAUAAGAUUUGUGAUCAUUGUGCACAUUACUUUCUGGUAGUGUGGUGCCUGAUGUGGAGUUGUGGUUUGCCUUCCUUACCUUUAUUAGUCUUCAACACUGUACUAAGUGAUUAUUACAGAAAAUACUUGUUGCUGGAGUUUACAGUCCGAACGUGAAACCAGCCCUAAUUGUCAGUGAAAAUGACAGUUUAGCAGGAGCAGGAUAACACUAACAAGUACAAAGGUGAAUUAUCAGUAGUGGUGGUGUUAGAGUUGAGCAAUUCACUGUCUCUUGCCACAACAUUGCUGGCCCAAAGGUAGUAUCGCAUAAUCUAUCAGGUUACUAGUAAUGGCAAGUAAUUAUGUUCUUUUAGAUGCUAUAAUGGAAAGUAUACACGUUGGUGUUAGGAAAAGAGUUUUGCCAUCUCAGUGUUUCCAUCUUUUCUCCACCUUGUUGGCAUCUUAUGCAUAUUUUGGCCGGGCACAAGAAAAGGUAAGGAACUGAAUCAGGAUAUUUUUUUUUUACUUUCACGUUUGCACUAACAAUUUGAUUCCUACCGUCUCUUGACAUGCCAUUUUCUAGAUUAUAAUUAAUAUUCGGUAGUAGAAGUAACUUUUCACAGGAGUAGUCAAAGCAAUUAAUUAAGUAUGGCGAUAGCAUAUUAGCAUUUGCUUUUUUUGCCCCCAUGGAUGAAUGAGAACCGUCACUUUGGGUCAGUGAGUGGCAUUACAGAGUUAUAUAUAUAACCAGUCAGUUCAUGAGCAUAUCAGUCAUUAUUUGUGUAGCCAGCAGCAGUCUUACAAGUUACAAUGUGGGUGGAGGAGUGGAGACCGGUGGUGGGAAUGCUGGUCUUCGAUCUCAUCUCGGCGGUGAUGACGGCGCUGGUGAAGAAGGCGCUGGAGCAGGGGCUGGACCGCCUGGUUCUGGUCACGCUCCGACAGCUGGUCGCCACCGUCUUCCUUGCUCCAAUAGCCUAUUUCAAAGAAAGGAGCACGAGGCCCAAGCUCACACUGGAGAUCCUAGCGUACCUCUUUUUCAGCGCCGUGUUCGGCGCCGCGCUCUCGCAGUACACCUUCUUCUACGGCCUGCAGUACACCACCGCCACCUUUGCCAUCACCUUCAUCAACCUCUCGCCCGUGCUCACCUUCCUCAUCGCCGUCGUGCUGAGGAUGGAGCCGCUGAAGGUGAAGAGCACAGCGGGAGCCGCAAAGAUCGCUGGAACGCUCAUGUCACUCGCUGGCCUGCUGCUGCUGAGUCUCUACAAGGGCGUGCCGCUGACACACCAGGAGGCCGCUUCACUGAUCCCAGCUACUCACCACGCUGAUGGCAGUGGCGACAGGAGCUGGAUGCUGGGUACCAUGGCGCUGCUAGCCAACUGCCUGUGCUUCUCCUUCUGGCUGUUGCUGCAAACCAGGCUGACCAAGAAGUACCCAGCCAUCUACUCCAGUACCGCCCUCAUGUUCUUCAUCAGCACCCUGCAGGGCGGGGCGCUGACGGUGGCCAUCGAGAGGCGCACCUCGCGGUGGAUGCUCACCAGCAAGCUGGAGAUCGUCACCGUAUUGUAUGCAGGGAUUGUUGGGUCUGGAGCCGGGUACCUGAUAAUGACGUGGUGCGUGGAGAAGAAGGGUCCGGUCUUCACCGCGGCCUUCAUCCCCAUCAUCCAGAUCAUGGUAGCCACCAUCGAUUUCUUCUUCCUCCAUGAGCAGAUAUACCUUGGAAGUGUGCUAGGAUCUGCACUGAUGGUACUGGGACUCUAUCUUGUGCUUUGGGGAAAGAAGAGGGAUGAAAUAUCACUUGUACCUUGUGCAACUAACAACCAAGCGGAUGAAGAGGCUGACAACAAGCAGUGAAACUGUAAAUAUCAUACACUCAUAGCUUGGGUUAUUGCAACACAUAGCAUACAGCAUUCAGUGCUCUACAAUAGCUUCAUAUGGGAAAAUGUAUGAUGUUUGCUAUAUAUAAUUAUGAUCUUCUACUCCCUCCGAUCCAUAUUAGUUGUCACUAAUAUAGAUGUAUAGACAUAUUUUAGUUCUAGGUACAUCUAUACUAGUGGCAAAGUAAUAUGAAUCGGAGGGAGUACACCUUCCUUUCAAAAUAUAGUUUUGAC